AUGGUUAGGAUCAGAGGAUUAGGUCGUGCCUUAGGUCACGUUAUUGGCAAAGGAGAUCGUGAUGAUUUCGAUUAUGUUGCGCAGCGUCGACGGCCUACCGCAUUUGCACGGAGGCAGCAAGUACCUAUGACUGUGGCGCAUGAUGAGUCAGUACUCCCUGCGCCAGAUGUAGAGGCUGACGUAUUUCCGGAUGACCCGAUGGCACCAGCUGAUGUAGAGGACACUGGGGCAGACAUUCCUGCAGACACAGGCGCCCAGGCCGCUGAGGAUGAGCAUGAGGGAUUUCCGGGUGGUCCAAGCGACCCAUCCAUGCUGACCCAGUAUACGGAUCAUGUUGCUUGCAGCGAGCGUCCUGAGUUGAAGUUAUCCUCUCACGGGAGGAAGGUACAUAGUUUAGGCAAGCCUGCCCCUGCCAUUGAGGGACUAGUUGUUGGGACAGGACUAAGUCCUCUGAGACUUUUGUCCUCGUUUGUCGAGCGGUGGCACCGGGAGACGUCUAGUUUCCAUCUCCCUGUGGGAGAGGUGACAAUCACGCUGGAAAACGUCUUGUCGCUUUUGCAUCUGCCCGUGGUUGGCAACUUGCAUGCCUUUCAGCCCUUGCACGUGGAUGAUGCGGUUCAAAUGUUGGUGGACUUAUUGAUGGUCUCUACAGAGGCUGUCAGGGCUGAGACAGGGCAGUGUCGUGGACCGUACGUACGCUUGCAAUGGAGUGCAACUAAUGUUCAUGUUGUGUAUUUGAAGGCCCUUUGUGACCUCAGUCAGACUGGGAGGUACGCUUGGGGAGUAGCUGCGCUGUGUUGGAUAUACGAGCACUUUCCCUCAGUCGCAGAGUCCACUGCUGAUCAGGACUACGACGAGGAUUCACCGCGUGCCUGUAGCGGUGGGGGGCUCGUUGCUGUGUAUUAUCGACCAGAGAGGGUCAUGCGACAGUUUGGAUACACCCAGACCAUUCCUGCUCCGCCUGUCGAUUCAUGGGUGUCGUACGAUGAUAUACACAACAGGUGGAUGCAUUAUUUGGAUCAUAUGGUUCCAGGAGGUGAGGUAUGCGUUGUGCCAGAUGGUCAUGCUCCGCAGCCCCAAGUCAUCCCUCAGGCCCCAGAGACAGAUAUCCCUCACGUGCCAGAGCCAAGAGCACCAUCGACAUCUGCGAGGCCCGCUGUAGAGGAGCCUAGACAUGUAGUGGAGGUUUGCUAUGGGAUUGUUGAGAGGUUGGAGUGCCAUCUGAGCCUAGGGGUGGUCACGCCAGGCUCAUCGACACAUGAGGUGAUCGAAGAAUUCCUCUGGAUGGCCAGGAGUGUCACACAGGAUCAGGCGUAG